CUCUCUCUCUCUGUUAUUCCUCAGAUCCCCCCCUUCCGCCAAACACCUCUCCGUCGCUCCCUCCUCCCCUCCACCAGCCAUGAUGGCCACCCUCACCGCCACCGCCGCCGUCGCCUCCUCCUCCGUCGCCUUCCGCCCGUUCCGCUCCCACAAGCCCUCCCGCGCGCCCGCCGGGAUCCGGUGCUCCGUCGCCGAGGGCCCCGCGAUCUCCCAGCCGAGGGCCGCCGGCGGGGGACUGGUUGAUUGCGUGGUGGUCGGGGGCGGGAUCAGCGGGCUCUGCAUCGCCCAGGCGCUCGCCACGAAGCACCGCGACAGGGCCCCCGACGUGGUCGUCACCGAGGCCAGGGACCGCGUCGGCGGCAACAUCACCACCGUCGAGAGGGACGGCUACCUGUGGGAGGAGGGCCUCAAUAGUUUCCAGCCAUUCCGAGAUUUCGGGGCGAGGCUCGAAUCGGCGUGAGUUCUUUCUUGGGUGUUCUUCCUUUUUUUUUUUCUGGGGAAAAGGAAGAAAAUGGAGAGGACAAAGCAAUCGUUGGAUAGAUGCUCAAGAACACUCAGACUUCACUUGCAGAAGAACAAGAACGCAAUCGCCAGUUGACAAAGCCUGUAACUGCUGAAAAGAGUGAAAGCAUCCAGAACAAGCUUGAGUCAUUUUCGAAGAAGCAGAAGUUGCCCAUAACAAGCGCUUUGGCCAUGUCAGAUGCUUCAGACCCUUCUACAGAGAAAGUAGUAGCACAAGAUGCAAACUCAAAAAGAGUGACUAAUUGCGUUGUCCCUGCUCAUAGGAGGUCAAAAGUAAGGGGUGUGCUCCUGCAAAAUCCGAAGAUGUAUAGCUAGACGUGGGAAGUUAUCCUUCAAGAUGGUUUACUUUGUUCUGUAAGUACAACAUUAGGUGUCGGAAUCAGGAGCAAGAUGUUACACCCAACCCUUAGGAUAAACGCUUAGUUUUUUAUUUUUAUUUUUGAAGUUAUAAUUUCAAGUCUGUCCAUGUUUGUGAAAUCUAAUUGAGCUGGUACAUAUUCUUGCCUAGAAGGUCUUGCAAUUUAUGGCGUAUGAGUUUCUGCUAA